AUGCCCUCUAAAUCCCGCGAGAACUGGUGCUGUCGCGCCAUUUACACGAGAUCUCUCCCUGUACGUUCCUGUUGCGUCGGCUUUGUGAGGCUGGAGCUGCUCCGGUUCGGCGCGCGGAACUUUUCCCUCCAAACAGGCAACGUUACGGCAGAGUGUGGAGAAACUGCAGCUUUACAGUACAACGUGCACGAUCGUCUAAAACAGAAUCUAGAGGAGGGUGAGGACAAGCCGGAUAAUCGGAAAGCAGCAAUGAUCACCAGAAAAAGAGGAAGAGUCUCCAGUAACAACACUGAUGCCAUGUAUUCGAGUCCUGUAGAGGAAUGUGACAGUGCCUUGAAAAUCGCUUCUGAAAGUGGGAUGUGUGAACAAACCUCACCAGAAAGUGAUACAAAUGACUGGGGACUAGAUGACCUGUUAAGCUCUGAUUUCAGCUGGGCUUUAGACAAUGAUGCACUUACUUCACUUUCGGAUAUCGGAAUGCAAGAUCCUGUUAUAAGUGCAGAAGAGAGGAUGGAUCAGGCGUUGAAUGUGUCCAUUUCCGAUCACAGAGGAUCAACACAGAGGCAGAAACUUCAAGUUCUCUCCGGCCGCAUCAACAAGAAUGCCUUGGCAGCGAGAAUGAACCGGCUGAGGAAGAAAGAGUAUUUGAAUGGUUUGGAGCAGCGUGUUGGAUCGUUGACGUCUGAAAACCGGCUUCUCAAACAGGAAAACAGCAGCCUGAACAAAAGAGUGGAAGAACUGGAGAAUGAGACUAGGUACCUGAGAGCUGUGUUGGCCAAUGAGAGCAUGUUGGCUCAGCUGUUGUCCAGAUUAAGCGGUGUGAACGGCAUGAAAUUUUCUACCUCACUUUUCCAGGAGUCCAGUGAGAAUGACCACGAUUAUGCCAUGCCAAGGAAGAGAGUGAAGGUGGAGGACAAAGGUGCAGCAGGCGGUGUCUGUCUGCAUGUGGACAAAGACCACGUCUCUGUGGAAUUCUGCACUAAAUGUGCAGAGAGUGCAAGCUCUUCGCUUAAAAUGUAGGGUCAAGUAUCUUACCUUUUCAGCGUUUCCUGAGACUGAACUAAAUACAUGAUGUAAUGAACAUCGAGGGGACAUCACAACAAUAGUUGUCAGAUGUCAAGAAUUAACUGUUUAAGGACUUGAAUGGCAUGUAUAUAAAAUGUGCUUUGAUUACAAGUUACUGCUAAACUUUCUGGUAGUUUUCUUCUAGGUGCUUGGUCUGCCCUGCAGGAUGAGCGGGUUUCAGAACAGCCAAGACUACCUGAAUCCAUGGUAAGGAUCAAGAUGUAGAAGACUCAGAAAUCAGUCUCUGCUGAGAUGUUCUGCAGUGCCCUCUGCCAGUUCAAGGCUCAAAAUGAACUUGUAAAUAGACUUUCCUGUUUGUGAAAUGUUUGUUUUUGUUUUGUCAACAUUUUGGAACUUUCUGUUUAACAAUGAGGAUGGUAGUUGUUUGAGUUAAGCAAUAAAGAGGGCUAAUCAGUAAUUAUUGAAAAUUGUUUCAAAUAAUGUAAGUAGGUGAUGUUUCACAAAGGGUGUUUGUAGACAUUAAUUGGCAGUGUGAACUAAGGAUUGAUUAAGAAAGUAGCUUGCUCGUGUUUUGCUAAAAUUAAACCCUUUGUGAAACAUCACUGUUUUCUUGGAGGAUGUUUUUCAUGUAGCCCCCUUAUUUUUCUUUAUGCUAAAGUGGAUUUGCUGUGGGGAAAGCUGAAGAAUCGGGACCAGCAGCUUGCAUCAUGGCCUUCUAAAUUUAAAAAGGUAGUACAAAGGAGUGUAAGUUAAAGCUUUUACUGGUACUCCAUCACACUGCAGUUAAAUAUGCAUCUGCACCAUUGUUUAUAGAUGAGUGUUAGUACAUCAAACAUUACAGUGAACAGAUUUUAUAUUUAACAGAAAAGCACUUCAGCUUUAUCGUCACAUGACCAGGAAAAAGGAUUUGUUUGGAAAUAAAUCAUCUGUAUUUUGUUAAGCGAUGCAUUGUGUAUUGAGAUGUAUUUGAAACCCAAAGAAUGUUUAGUAACUUGGAUAUCAGUAUCUGGAAAUAAAUCAUAUUUUUAUCAUCCA